CACAACCAGAACCCUAAACUCUAGCUUCAGUUUCCAUUCGGAGUUUUAUUGUGACGCACCGUCACAAGAAUGACCGGUGUUUGGGUAUUCCAAUGCGACCAUUGUGUGGCUUGACAUCAUGAGGAUGGAMUUUUUAUGAGGAUAACAUUGGUGGCUUUGAGCAGCAUAGUCUCCCAUCAUGUUGCCAGGGGCAGUACGUCACUCAGUCCCUCUGUGGCGCUCUGCUUUGGCCUCUGGCUGCUUGCAGUGUGAGGCAGGGCCAGGGAGAUGGCUGCUGGGACAGGUCCUGAGKAGAGCCUACACCUCCACAAGAGCAAGGCAGGCUGCAGCAGGGGACAGUGCCCCUGUGUUUUCCAGAGCCCRARUGUACRRGGACAAGCUGGCCAUAGUGGACGACAGUGGGAGCCACAGCUACAGGGACUUGUAUGGCAGUAGUAGGGGCCUGGCUGCGCGUAUCAAGGCAGCUCUGGACUGUCCCUCUGGGGACCUGCAGGGGAAGCGCAUCUCCUUCCUGUGUGCCAACGAUGCCUCGUACACGGUAGCCCAGUGGGCAUCYUGGAUGUGUGGCGGCACGGCCGUGCCUCUCUACAGGAAGCACCCUCCGUCUGAGCUGGAGUACAUCAUCUCUGACUCCCAGAGCUCCCUGCUGGUGGCUGGGCAGCCGUACGCAGACACCAUGGAGCCCCUGGCCCACAGACUGGGACUGCCCUACCUGCAGCUGCCCCCCACCUCCAGACUCAGCUCCCUGCUGGAAGCCCCAGAGAACCAGCCUGAGCCUGGCAUCACAGACUGGGCCCAGCGUCCUGCCAUGAUCAUCUACACCAGCGGCACCACAGGCAGGCCCAAAGGGGUUCUCCACACUCACAGCAACAUUCAGGCCAUGGUUCAGGGUCUGGUGUCAGAGUGGGGCUGGUCCAGAGAUGAUGUCAUCCUUCACAUCUUGCCCCUGCACCACGUCCACGGCAUCGUCAACAAGCUGCUCUGCCCUCUCUGGGUGGGUGCCACCACCGUCAUGCUGCCUACCUUCCAGCCUCAGAAGGUAUGGGAGGUCCUGCUCAGCUCCAUGGCUCUUAUGGUAAAUGUGUUCAUGGCUGUUCCAACCAUCUACUCCGAGCUGAUCCGUUACUAUGAGCAGCACUUCACCCAGCCACACGACCAGGACUUUGUCAGGGCUGUCUGCAAGGAGAGAAUCAGGCAGCAAGGACAUUAUAGUCUACUUAUACUAGUAUCAAUACCACAGGAAAUGAGUAGAUCUCCAUCAUUAGCAGUAUCAUAAUAUUCAUAUAAGUGGACGAAUAUCUUUAACAAGCUCAUUGCUUAUCUAUUGUGAUGAAAUUACUUUCUUAAAAUCUCUGACAAGACAUCUUCAGAGCGAAUGGGUUGUCAUGAAUCUGGACAGUGGUUUCUCAUUCCGUCAGAGAGUGAAGAGAUAGUUUGAAGGGGAAGGGAUAUGUGUCAGAGAUCAAAGGGAUGGGUUUUAAAGAGAGACAGGGCUUUGUAGUGAGAUGUGACAGAUGCUUUCUCCAAAUGUACCAGGGCUUAUGCUCAAGAGAGAGUGAAGAAAGCAUUGGGACGCGACAGAUGGAAUAGAGUUAUAAACUCUAUGUAAAGCCUAGCACUUAUGUUACCCCAACCUAAAGUUGCAAAGCUACUGGUAAUUUACCAAAGUGACCUGAAUCUUUGGUAAUUUUGGUAAUUAACAGGAAAUUAAUGGUAACUUUGAUCAUUUAUAAUUUAAUAACUUUAAAAAACUUCAUAUAAAGUAUAAAUGUUUUAUGUUUCUAGUGGAUAGACCAUAUGGUUC